GUGAAAAUCAAGACUGCGAGAAUUCGUGACCGUAACGCGAUAAGUUUGCUGUGAAAAUGUGUGCGAUGUUUCUUUGAUUUAUGUCAAUUGCAAAACUAAUAUUAUGAAUAAAAUUGCAAGAAAAGUCUUUUGUCGGCGGAAAGAGAUAGGGAGCAUUUGGGGAAGUUUUUGCAGAGCUAAAACUAUACACAGAGCUUUUAACCCUCACAGUCCAAGUUUUUUAGCAGAACAAUUUAACAAUAGAUUUUUGUUUCAUAGACAAUUUUCCUCAAUAGCUGAACUGUCUGUACCAGAAAGUGCAGUCAAGAAACUGUUAAACCACUUGGUAGAUGCGCAUAGUAAUGGUUCAACAACUGAUUUUGAAGAUUUGAUUCAAUUCUAUCCUAUAAAAACUCUACUAGAUGAACGAAUUACUAUUCUAGAAAAUGUAGAAAGUUUGAAGGAAUUAGAAAGUGAUCCUGAAGUUAAAAAGCUUGCAGAAGAAGAAAAAUUGAUUAAUCAAAAAAGAUUAGCAGAAAUAGAUGAUAAAUUGGUCGACCUUGUUUACAAUCAUAUUGAUGUCGAAAAUCAUAAUGAUGUAAUAUUGGAAUUAACAGCAGGUGUUGGUGGACAAGAGUCUAUGCUUUUCCUCAAAGAACUUAUGGAAAUGUAUAUCAAAUACUUAGACUAUCUUGGCUAUAACUUUGACAUCCUUGAUCUUGAUCAGGCAAGCCAAGGUGGAACUAGGCAUGGAAGUUUAAUGAUCUCCGGCCAAGGUUGCUAUCAAAAAUUAAAGCACGAAGCUGGAGUUCAUAGAGUACAAAGGGUACCAGCUACUGAAAGAUCAGGCAGAAUUCAUACUAGUGUUGUAUCAGUUGGCGUUUUACCACAACCUAGCGAAAUAGAAGUGUAUAUUGAUCCUAAGGACAUCAGAGUAGACGUUAUGAGAGCUUCAGGUGCUGGAGGCCAACAUGUGAAUACGACAAACUCUGCAUGCAGAAUUACUCAUUUACCAACAGGAACCGUAGCCGAGUGUCAAGUACACAGAUCUCAACUGAGAAAUCGUGAAAUGGCAAUGGUGAAAUUGAGAGCCAAAUUAUACGAGCAGCAAAUGAGCAUACAGACAGAAAGUUUUACAUCUUUGCGAAGGCAGCAAAUGGGCCUGGGUUUACGCCAUGAAAAGAUAAGAACUUACAAUUAUCCUCAAGACAGAAUAACAGACCAUCGAUUAAAGAAUGGAUCUUUGCAUAACUUGAAGGGAUUUUUAGAGGGUGGAAGACUACUUGAAGAAUUACAUGACAGACUCUCCCAAGAUCUGAGGUGUAAAUUGCUACUGGAAGCCACAAAAUAUCUGUAGCAAAAUUUGUAUAAUUGACAUUAUACCUUAAAGUAUGGAAAACCAGUGUAAAUACAUAAGUGUGUACAUAUACAUCUAUAUUAUUAAACGAUACUUGAAAUUUA